AUGCCGGAUGAAAAUAGAGUAGCUGACGACAAUGUCUCUUUCACGGAUGUCGGAGAUCCAACUGCUGGUGGCGGCGCUCGUCAAGGAUCCUCUGCAAUGCUCGAUUUGCUUGGAUCAAUGGAUAAGAAAGAUAAAAAAGCAAAGAAAAACAAGAAGAAGGAAACCAAGAAGAAGAAGAAAGAGAAGACAAAGUAUAAGAAAGUUCGAAAAGUGGAUAAAUACGAAUCUCAAAACUUUUUGUAUCGUGUUGAGGGUUCGAUGUUUUGUGCCGGAAUCAUUGUGGGAAUAAUCAUGCUUUUGACUUUCAUCAUUCUUGGAAUUGUCUUCUCCGUGAGAACUAAUGGAAACAUGGUCAGUUACAUGGCCCCUUGGUGGGGAACUGCUGACGAAGCAAAGGAUGAUGGAGACGAGUGA